AUAUUUCCUUAAAGAACACUUCAGUUGAAGAUCAAUACCAAGAGUUGAGACUGAAUCUACAGACAUUCAAACCUUCUAUGGUGUGGGCUCUGCUAUGAAUCAGUGUGAGGACAGAGAGGAGGGAGUCCCUCCCUCUAAAAGCACUCUGUGUGGGGAACAUGACACAAGGACCAAAGCUCAGAGGAGGCUCAAACACCAGAAACAAGACUCUCCUGUAUCCAGCUGUGUGUCCAUGCAGAGUGACUGGUCUAAGGGUCGACCUGUUGACUUCAAACAUGGAGGGCAGUCUGAUGAUCAAAUGAUUCAUCAGCACACACCAGACUCUACUAUAUCCAGCUGUGUGUCAAUGAAGAGUGACCGGUCUAAGGGUCGACCUGUUGACUUCAAACAUAGACAGAAGUCUCCUCAUCCAGUGAUCCCUCAGCAGAGACCAGAUCCCUCUGACACCAGCUGUGUGUCCAUGAAGAGUGACCGGUCAAAGGGUCGACCUGUUGACUUCAAACAUGGACAGAUGUCUUCUCUUCCAGGGAUCCCUCAGCAGAGACCAGAUCCCUCUGAAACUGACAGUGUGUCCAUGAAGAGUGACCACUCAAAGGGUCGACCUGUUGACUUCAAACACGGACAGAUGUCCGUUGAACAACAACAUCAGAAGCAGAGCUCAGUGGCCUCUAGUGGUCAGUCUGCCCAACAACAUCAAGCAGACCUGGACUCAAUAUUCAAGCUGCUUGAGGAAAACAUUGUCAGUUUUGUGAAGAACGAGCUAAAGAAGUUCCAGAGGGUUCUGAGUCCAGAUUACCCACAACGCUCUGAGAGUCAGAGGGAGGAUGAGGAGGUGUUGGAUGGUGAGGAUGAAGAGCAGAGGAGGAACAGCAGAGAGUCAUUUCUGAAGAUCACACUGCACUUCCUGAGGAGAAUGAACCAGAAGGAGCUUGCUGACUGUCUGCACAGCAGAACUGGUGCUGAAGCUUUGUCCUGCCAGCAUAACCUUAAGUCAUAUCUGAAGAAGAAGUUCCAGCGUGUGUUUGAGGGGAUUGCUAAAUCAGGAAAUCAAACCCUUCUAAAUCAGAUCUACACAGAGCUCUACAUCACAGAGGGAGCGACUGCAGAGGUCAAUGACGAGCAUGAGGUUAGACAGAUUGAAACAGCAUCCAGGAAACCAGAUAGACCAGAAACAACAAUCAGACAAGAAGACAUCUUUAAAGCCUCACCUGGAAGAGAUGAACCAAUCAGAACAGUGAUCACAAAGGGAGUGGCUGGCAUUGGGAAAACAGUCUUAACACAGAAGUUCACUCUGGACUGGGCUGAAGACAAAGCCAACCAGGACAUACAGUUCACAUUUCCAUUCACUUUCAGAGAGCUGAAUGUGCUGAAAGAGAAAAGGUUCAGCUUGGUGGAACUUGUUCAUCACUUCUUUAGUGAAACCAAAGAAGCAGGAAUCUGCAGGUUUGAAGAGUUCCAGGUUGUGUUCAUCUUUGACGGUCUGGAUGAGUGUCGACUUCCUCUGAACUUUGACAGCCAUAAGGCACUGACUGAUGUUACAGAGGCCACCUCAGUGGAUGUGCUGCUGACAAACCUCAUCAGGGGGAAACUGCUUCCCUCUGCUCGCCUCUGGAUAACCACACGACCUGCAGCAGCCAAUCAGAUCCCUCCUGAUUGUGUUGACAUGGUGACAGAGGUCAGAGGGUUCACUGACCCACAGAAGGAGGAGUACUUUAGGAAGCGGUUCAGAGAUGAGGAGCAGGCCAGCAAAAUCAUCUCCCACAUUAAGAAAUCACGAAGCCUCCACAUCAUGUGCCACAUCCCUGUCUUCUGCUGGAUCACUGCUACAGUUCUGGAGGAUGUGUUGAAGACCAGUGGUGGAGGAGAGCUGCCCAAGACUCUGACUGAGAUGUACAUCCACUUCUUGGUGGUUCAGUCUAAAGUGAAGAAUCUCAAGUAUAACAAAAGAGCUGGGGCAGAUCCACACUGGAGUCCAGAGAGCAGGAACAUGAUUGAGUCUCUGGGGAAACUGGCUUUUGAGCAGCUGCAGAAAGGCAACCUGAUCUUCUAUGAAUCAGAUCUGACAGAGUGUGGCAUCGAUAUCAGCGCAGCCUCAGUGUACUCAGGAGUGUUCACACAGAUCUUUAAAGAGGAGAGGGGACUGUACCAGGACAUGGUUUUCUGCUUUGUCCAUCUGAGUGUUCAAGAGUUUCUGGCUGCUCUUCAUGUCCAUCUGACAUUCAUCAACUCUGGAGUCAAUCUGAUGGCAGGACAACAAACAACAUCCCAGUUGUCUAAAGUCUUCAGAGACAAACCUAAAGUAAAGCACCUCUACCAGGGUGCUGUGGACAAGGCCUUACAGAGUCCAAAUGGUCACCUGGACUUGUUCCUGCGCUUCCUUCUGGGUGUUUCACUGAAGACUAAUCAGACUCUCCUACAAGGUCUGCUGAAACCAACAGGAAGUACCUUAGAGACCACUCAGAAAACAGCCAAGUACAUCAAGAAGAAGAUGAGCGAGAAUCUCUCUCCAGAGAGAAGCAUCAAUCUGUUCCACUGUCUGAAUGAACUGAAUGAUCAUUCUCUAGUGGAGGAGAUCCAACUGUACCUGAGGUCAGGAAGUCUCUCCGCAGAUAAACUGUCUCCUGCUCAGUGGUCAGCUCUGGUCUUCAUCUUACUGUCAUCAGAAAAAGAUCUAGACGUGUUUGACCUAAAGAAAUACUCUGCUUCAGAGGAGGCUCUUCUGAGGCUGCUGCCAGUGGUCAAAGCCUCCAACAAAGCUCUGUUGAGAGGUUGUGAUCUAACUGGAAGAAGCUGCAAAGCUCUGUCCUCAGUACUCUGUUCCGAAUCCUCCAUUCUGAGAGAGCUUGACCUGAGUGACAACGACCUCCUGGAUUCAGGGUUGAAUCUGCUAUCUUCUGGACUGGAGAGUCCACAUAGUACACUGGAAACUAUCAGACUUAGUGUGUGCAGACUGUCAUGGCGAAGCUGUGAAGCUCUGUCCUCAGUUCUCAGCUCCUCUCGUCUGAGAGAGCUGGACUUGAGUAACAACGACCUGCAGGAUUCAGGAGUGAAGCUGCUGUCUGGCGGACUAGCGAGUCCACAUUGUACACUGCAGAUUCUCAGGCUGUCAGGCUGUCUGAUCACAGAGAAAGGCUGUGCUCUUCUGGCUUCAGCUCUGAGCUCUAACCCCUCCCAUGUGAAAGAGCUGGACCUGAGCUACAAUCAUCCUGGAGACUCAGGAGUGAAGCUCCUGUCUGCUGGACUGAGACUGGACACUUUGAGGGUGGACCAUGGUGGACGGCCAAUGUUAAAACCUGGUCUAAGAAAGUAUUCCUGUGAACUCACAGUGGACCCAAACACAGUGAACAGAAAGCUCAGACUGUCUGACAGCAACAGGAAGGUGACACUGGUGGGAGAGAAAGAACAAUCAUAUCCUGAUCAACCAGAGAGAUUUGACUGCUGCUGUCAGCUGCUGUGUAGAAAUGGUCUGACUGGUCGCUGUUACUGGGAGGUCGAGUGGAGAGGAAGUGUUGAUGUAGCAGUGACUUACAGAGGAAUCAGCCGGAGAGGAACCAGUGAUGACUGUGUGUUUGGAAGAAAUGAUCAGUCCUGGAGUCUGAGCUGCUCCGCUGGUGGUUACUCCAUCGGUCACCAUAAUAGAGUAAUAUCCAUCUCCUCCUCCUCCUCCUCUUCCUCCUCCGGUAGAGUAGCAGUGUAUGUGGACUGUCCUGCUGGCACUCUGUCCUUCUACACAGUCUCCUCUGACACACUGAUCCACCUCCACACCUUCAACACCACAUUCACUGAACCUCUUUAUCCUGGGUUUGGGUUUGGGUUUGGGGUGGAGUCUUUGAUGUUGUCACUGGAGUCCUCAGUGUCUCUGUGUUCACUGUAGGAGUCUCAUGCUGACUGGAGGAACUUUGUCUCCUACAAAUUACAUUUACAUAUUUACAUAUAACUAUGGUGAAAACAACAACUCCCACGAUCCUGAGCUACUUCACCAUGUCAUCAAACGUUGUUUUUUUUGUUUGUUUUUUUUAUGUAGGAAACCCCCUAGUGGCAGAAAUUACAUAUUGCAAAUGUGAUUCUGAAUGAAAAUGAGUAAAUAAGUAAAAUGUUGCUGGUGACAUAUUUAAUUUGUUGGCUGCCAAAAGCUCUGUUGUGCUACAAUAUCCACUUGUACCAAUGCGUAUUAAACAUUUUGGUGGUUAUUUAGGCACUUUUAGCACUCGGUUAUGGUUAGGGACAGAUUGUGGUCAGAUUUAAUUUCAAAGUGACUUGACACGAGGUACAAUGUGUUACUGUUAAACCAAGACAGCAAUCUUCAAUCAGAGUUUCUGUUGCCUAAACCUAAAAAACAGCCAGUUUUAGAGAUGUGUUUCUAAACAUGAUGUGAAUACACCUUUAACUUCUUCUGUCCUACUAAGUUCUGCUAACUCCACCCCUCCAAGAAAAUUACAUGAGGUGUGGUCAUGUGGCUACAGACACAGGAGAUAACACGGCCAGAGUGACAGACUGACUACCGCUCAGAGUAGCAGGAGUACAGCUGCCAGUGGACAGAGUUAACAAAGCUAACUGGCCACGAGCAGCUGCUGCCAGACUUAGCAUUGAGGUCAUUUUGGCAGUUUUGUUUGAGCAGCAGUUGAACACAUUUAAACAGAGUUUGUCAUAAUGGCUGCUAAUUAGACAGCAUAUAAAAUAUAUAUCAUCAUGUAAAUAAGGGAUAACAAAAAAGCAACACACAGACUAUGUUAUGCUUCAUAAUCACACAUGUUGGAAAUAAUACUAAUAUAAUUUGUGUUAAACAGAAACUCAUCGUCUUUAAAAUCUGCUUUCUUUCUUCUUGAAUUGUCAAUCAUUCACACUCACUGUCAGAAACGCAUUCAUUAAAAACACGUAAUGGGUGCCCGGUUAGCUCAGUGGGUAUAGCAGUCGACUCAUGUACUGAGGCUGAGUCCUUGCUUCAGCGGCCGAGGGUUCGAAUCCGACCUGUGGCCCUUUGCUGCGUGUCAUCCCCUCUCUAUGCUCCCCUUUCCUGUCUGUCUUCAUUUGUAUCUAUCAAAUAAAGGCAAAAAAAAAAACAUGUUGUAUUGUAGACAAUAUUCAUUCUGCUACCCAUUAUGAAUAAUAAUUACAAACACUUUAUGUAAUGUAUUUGUCUGUUUGAGACGUGUCAAGACAUUAAACUGAAAUAUAAAUGACCUUAUCACUGUCAUGUUUGUAUAUUUUGA